AUGCUCCUGGGCGUCGCCCACCACGUCACCGGCAGCAUCAUGCGAGGGUGCGCGGCGAGCGCACGCGCCCCCGUGGCGCCCGUGGCGCUCCACCGAUGCGUAGCUAGCCACCGCGUGCCCGCGCCGCGGACUCCGGCGCUGCGCGCCGCGCGCGCGCCUGGGACGGAGCGACGGUGGUGCGCGGCAGCGGCCCAGGGCGACAACGGCGCGGACAACUUCACGGUGACGACGCCGCUGUACUACGUGAAUGCUUCUCCGCACAUGGGCAGCGCGUACCCGACGAUGGCGGCGGACGCCAUCGCGCGGUUCCACCGUCUGACGGGAAAGCAGGUCAAGUUUAUCACUGGGACGGACGAGCACGGCGAGAAGAUUGCGCAGGCGGCGGAAGCGCAGGGGCUGACCCCACAAGAGCACUGCGACGGCGUUGUGUCGUCGUACAAGUCGCUCUGGGGCAGCCUCGACAUCCAGUACGACUCCUUCAUUCGUACCACGGACCCCCUGCACGAAACGGUCGUCAAGCAGGCCCUGGAACGUGCUUGGGAAAAGGGGGACAUAUACAAGGCGAGCUACGAGGGCUUCUACUGCGUCGGGUGCGAGGAGUACAAGGACGAGGGCGACCUCGCGGACGGCAACGUGUGCCCCACGCACCGCACGCCCUGCCAGCACCGCUCCGAGGAGAAUUACUUCUUCAAGCUCAGUGCCUAUCAAAACGAGAUUGAGGCCCUCGUCUCCACCCCGGGCUUCGUCAUGCCCGAGUCCCGCCGCAACGAGGUCAUGGGCUGGGUCCGCGACGGCCUCCGCGACUUCUCCGUCUCCCGCGCCAACGUCGAGUGGGGCAUUCCCGUGCCGCGGGACCCCGACCAGACGGUGUACGUGUGGUUCGAUGCGCUGAACGGGUACAUUUCCGGGCUGUUCCAGGGGUCCGGGGAGGCGCCGAGCCUCGAGGGCGCGGCGGCGCAGGGCUGGCCGGCGUCGCUGCACCUCAUCGGGAAGGACAUCCUCCGCUUUCACGCGAUUUACUGGCCAGCGAUGCUGCUGUCGGCCGGCAUGGAGCCUCCGCAGGCGGUGUUCGGGCACGGGUUCCUGACCAAGGACGGGCUGAAGAUGGGCAAGUCGCUCGGGAACGUGCUCGACCCCGUCGCGCUCGUGGAGGCCUACGGGGCUGACGCAGUUCGGUAUUACUUUCUGAAAGAAGUUCCUUUUGGGUCGGACGGGGACUUCAGCGAGGAGCGCUUCCGGUACAUCGUGAACGCGGACCUCGCGAACGGUAUUGGGAACCUUCUGAACCGGAGCUUGAACCUCGUGAAGAAGAACUGCGACGCGAAAGCGCCGAUGGCUGCUGCGGAGGUGCCAGAGGGGCACCCGAUGCGCGAGGCCGUGGCGGCCGGCGCGGCGGAGGCGCGCCGGGCGUACGCGGAGAUGGAGUUCGGCAAGGCGCUGAACGCCGUCAUGGGCAUCGUCUACAAGGGCAACGCGUACAUCGACGAGAAGGCCCCGUGGACGGCGCUGAAGAAGGGCACCGAGGAGGAGGCCGAGGAGGCGCGCGGCGUCCUCCUCAGCAUCUUGGAGGCUCUUCGCGUGGUGUCGGUGCUGCUCAGCCCCGUCACGCCGACCCUCUCGUCGCGCAUGGCCGAGCAGCUCGCGCUGCCGGCGCUCGAGGGCGGCCCGGGCGGCGCCGCGGGCGUGUGGGACGAGGCGGUGCUGUACGGCGGGCCGCAGGGAAUCAAGGCCGGCCAUGAAUUCCCAAAGCCAAAACCAGUCUUCGCGCGCCUCGAAGGAGACAUGGUCACCGAGCCGGCCGCGACGCCCGCGGCGGCCGGGGCGUAG